UUGCUUUCUAGAUACUCAAACUUCAUAAUAUCCGGUUCUGGGAGUCAAAGUGCAGUUAUAGUGAGGGAUUACCUGUAGUUUCAGAAUGGACGCACUGUGUGGGAUUCUUCUCUUCUGCUUGGCUGUCGCAGUGUAUGUUGUGUGUUCCCUGUACCUGCUACACAAUCCAUGUAUCCUUCAUAAGAGGAAAAAGCUGGACUUCCACUGCAGACACAUUUCACACAGAGGAGGGUCUGGAGAGAAGAUAGAAAACACAAUGGAAGCAUUUACACAUGCUGUGGCUGCGUGCACUGAGAUGCUGGAGAUGGACUGUCACCUUACACUGGAUGGCUGCGUUGUGGUUUCACAUGAUAAAAACCUUUUGAGACAAACAGGAUGUGACAAAACAAUAUCGUCUCUUAGAUUCCAGGAUUUGCCUCUCUAUAAAGAGCGACUCGAGGUCACAUUUUAUGUUGGACACUACAGUACAGGGAAAGACAGAGAGUUUGUGUUGCUGGAAGAUGUUUUCAAGAAAUUUCCCAACAUGCCAAUGAUGAUCGAGAUCAAAGAAAACAAUGACUUGCUCAUUAAAAAGGUCUCUUGUCUUGUGAAGCACUAUGGCAGAGAAAGUAUUACAGUUUGGGGUUCUGAAGAGUCGGAGGUUAUGGCUAAAUGUCAGAAGCAGAACCCAUCCAUACCCUAUUUGUUCAGUAUGAGGCGUGGAAUACUGCUUUUAUUGCUCUUUUACACUGGACUCCUUCCCUUUGUGCCUCUGGGUGAAAGUGUCCUGCUGUUCUACCUGCCCAGGGUCAUCAACAGGACUUAUCUUCCAGAGGAACCCUAUCUGAAGAACAGAUUUGUUGUGUAUCUUCUUCAGAAGUUGACCAUGCGGAAAUCAUUGUUCGACCACUUGAUCAAGAGGGGCUUGCAGGUGCAGCUGUUUGUGUGCAAUGAGGAGAGCGAUAUAGAAGCAGCAUUUGCAGUCGGAGCCACAGGCGUAUUGACAGACUACCCGACCCUCCUGUCAAACUACCUCAAAAAACACCCUCUACCUCCACCUCCAGCUUUUUAUUAGUUAU